GGUGUGGCUGUGACCGCCGCCAUAUUGCGUCGGUCUUCCUCUUCUAGCGCACAUUUGUAGUCACCACCACGAUCAUACGCGCCGGUUGACACGGUUGGUCGAAGAACGCGCAGGGGUGGUACAGUGUCUCUCUAUCCCUCUUGGUGGAACGGCCAACCCUUGCUCCUAUUUUUACUCAUUUGGGGUUCAAGGGCUAGACUUUAAGCAAAUACAAACGAGAUGUCUCAAUUAGACAAAGAUGAACUGGUGCAGCGCGCCAAGUUGGCCGAGCAGGCCGAAAGAUACGAUGACAUGGCUUCGGCCAUGAAGUCUGUCACCGAAACGGGUGUGGAACUAAGCAACGAGGAGAGGAACCUCCUGUCCGUCGCAUACAAGAAUGUUGUUGGAGCCAGGAGAUCCUCCUGGAGGGUCAUCUCUUCAAUCGAACAAAAGACUGAAGGUUCUGAGCGCAAGCAGCAGAUGGCCAAAGAAUACAGGGAGAAAGUGGAGAAAGAACUCAGAGAAAUUUGCUAUGAUGUUUUGGGUCUCCUUGACCAAUACCUCAUCCCAAAAGCUAGCAAUGCUGAAUCCAAAGUAUUCUAUCUUAAAAUGAAGGGAGAUUACUACAGAUAUCUUGCUGAGGUUGCUACAGGAGAUACCAGAAAUACCGUAGUGGAUGACUCACAGAAGGCUUACCAAGAUGCCUUUGAAAUAUCAAAAGCCAAGAUGACUCCUACGCAUCCAAUCAGACUGGGACUUGCACUGAACUUCUCAGUUUUCUACUAUGAGAUCCUAAACUCACCCGAUAAGGCUUGUCAACUAGCCAAGCAGGCGUUCGAUGACGCAAUAGCGGAAUUGGAUACAUUGAAUGAAGAUUCAUACAAAGACAGUACCCUCAUCAUGCAACUCCUUCGGGACAACCUUACCCUCUGGACCAGCGACACACAGGGAGAAGCAGAGGAGCCUCAAGAGGCGGGUGAUAAUUGAAGUGUGGCGUCCGUUUUUAAAAUUUAAUCGUUAAUAAUGAAAAUUUCAUGUAAGUUAACGUAUUCGUGGAACUUGGUUGUGAAGUUUCACAUGAAACUUUUGAUAUUUAAGUAACAAUGUUUUUAGUGAAAUAUGUAAAAUGUUAAUUUAUGUUUCACUUCACACAACAAGUAUAACAUAUUGACUAAUGUAUGUUGAUUUGCCGGCGAUAGUAAACGUUGUGUGAUCGGAGGUCAAUCCGCCUUGAUUUUGUCGUACUCAGGGUGAAUACUCCUAAAAUUUCAAAAAAAAUAUAUAUUCAUGGGGGCAUCGCCCAGAGUCCGCCGUCUCUUUAUAAUUAUUUUUUUUUUGUUUUUUUUGUAACUCACUUUAAAUAAUUUAUUUUUGAUUUUAAUUUCAGUUUAAUUUUACGUUCUAACUUGUUAUUACUAUUAAAUGAUUAUUUAACACUGUUUUAUUACUUGUAAUUGGUCCACUUUGUUAAAGGUUCCUUUAUAUGAGUUUCUUUUUAUUUUUUAUCAAUUUUUCCUUAUUUUCUAUUCAUUUAUUCUUUUUACAUUUAUUUUGCAUAUAUACUUAUUUAUAAUAUAUAUUUUUUCUUCCCAGAUUCAACUGAAAUCGCCUGAAUAUUAUCCCCCUUGAUCCUUCACUCAAUUAAUUUGCACUUUGCUGCAUGGGUCUCUGCUCCUUGCUCCUUCGGCCCCCUACCCCUCCCCUUGUUUACCGUCAACACUCACUUUGGAUGUGCUAUAUAUAUAUAUAUUAAAUGUAUGAAUAUGUAUUAAAUAAACUGCUAUCAGCUCUA